AUGAGAAAUAAAAACGUUUUUUCAUCGCUCGUCCUCGCUACUAGCUGCCCACCCCUUUGCCGCUUGCUAUUGCCAUCGGUCGCCUCUCGCCACCGCUGGCUGCUUCCCACCGGCAUCCUUCGCCGACCGUCUCCUCCCACCGCCAUCCUUUGCCGUUCCCCGCAGCCCAAUGCCGGCCGCAACCCACCCACCGCCGCCUCCCGCCAUCCUUCGCCGCCACCUACCAACCGCCUUCCGUUGCCGACUGCCUCCUGCCCGCCGGCUGCCGUCCACCGCCAGCCACCUCUUGCCGCUGACCAUUGUCCUUCGCCGCUCGACGUCGGACACCACCGGUCGCCGUCCUCUGUCGCUGUGCUCCACCGCUUGACGCUGGCCACCACCUGGCGCCGGUCUCCCUUUGCCACCUCCCGCCGUCGGCCGCUCGACGCCAGUGGCCAGCCACCACGGGCCACCGUGCUCCACCGCCCAACGCCGGCCGCCCUCCACCACCGGCCACCGCCUGACGCCGCCGACUGCCGUGCUCCAUCGCUGACCACCGUGCUCCAACACCCGACACUGGCUGUCGACCACCUCUCGCCUCCGGCCACCAUCUUUUGCCCCCCGCCACCACCCGCCAUCCUCCACUAG